UCUUCAACAUGGCGACAUGGCCGGUCAGGUGAUUCGAUUGAUGACCAACUGAUCUUGUUUCACAAUGAAGUUUUGAUGAGUUUGCACGACUGGAAUGGCCAGCAAAGAAAGUCUUGGAAGGGUGAGACAUUUUGAUCUCAGUUCAAAACAGCUGCGACUACGACACCUAAGAAGCAUUUCUGUUCGAAAAAUUAUCCCAAAAUUUUCCAUUUUUGGAGAUAACUUGCUUGACUGCCUGCUGGAAACAUACUUUACUUUGCAUAGUGUGGAAGGAAAUCAGAAAGCCAUAUAUACCAGUGAGAAAAUCAAGUAUUCCCUGAAUCCAACAUGGGCUAGUUUUGAGCCAUCCUCAUGGAAGAAUCAAAAGUCAACCACUGUGUCUUCUGUCAUCGUAAGAGUAUGGGGAGGUCAAAAAAACAAGUUUCGACUCAUUAUUGAGUGGAAGGUUGAUUUGCCAUCUCUACAAUACCUUGGAGAUCAGGUGAGGUCCAGCAAGUAUGGACAGAACACGGUUAUCUUUGGUCUUAUUGAUGGGUAUUACAGUGCACCUAGCUGCUUGCCCAAAGAUGAGACCCCAGGCAGUGGUGAAACUGGAGUUGUGCAAGGAAAAGAUGUUAUCAAAGUUGAUGUGGAUCAGGUUCAGAUAUCUUGCAAACUGUUGUCUGUCCAAAGACUGCAGGCAAUACAGAAGGCAAUCCUGCAAUCUCAGCUGUCGGUCAGAGAUGUGCGUCAGGCCAUCCAAUACAAAGUUGAAUCUGACAUCAAGUCUACUUCACAGCUGUCAGAACAGGAAAUGCUGAAGUUGAAGAUCAAACUUUUAAGAGAAGAGUGGUUAUCAAAACAGAAGUUAUUGUUGAAAGAAAGGGAGGAGGAAAAGAGUAUCUCUGAAAAACUCAAGGAACGAGAAAUAAACCUUAAGAGGGACAGAGAGAAACUGGACUUUAAUAAAGUUUGUUUAAGAGAACACAAGCAAGCAUACGUAGAAAAAAGGGAAACUUUCGUAAAGGUGACUGCGCAGAUGAAUAUGAGACGGCGGCAGCUUAUCUCUGAGCUAAUAACUAUUUACCCCAUUGUGGAGUUACAAGGUUCAAAAGAAUUCGUAAUUAGUGGUGUACGGCUUCCCAAUUGUGAAUCAGAUGAAUUCCAAGCCAUGGACGAUGAGACCUUGUCGGUUGCCCUUGGUUACACGUGUCACUUGGUGUGUAUGAUAGCUCAAUUCUUGGAUCUACCUUUGAGAUAUUCCAUGCAGUCUCGCGGCUCCAGAUCCACCAUUAUGGAUUUUGCGAUCGAAAAGGUUGCAGAGAAGGAGAGGCAGUUUCCGUUAUAUAAUAAAGGGAAAGAAAAAAUUAAGUUUUACUAUGGAACUUUUCUUUUGAACAAGAACAUAGCUCAGCUUCGACAGUUCAAUGGUUUGGGGACACCCAACCUGCGUAACACUCUGCCCAAUCUUAAGGACUUAUUGGAAACAAAGUUCCAAACAAGUGUAAAAUCUGCACCCCUCACAAUUAUACGAAAGUCUCCAUUGAAACAGAGCAAGAAGCGCGCAUCUACAUCGGGAUCUGGUGGGUCCGGAGAAUCUUCUUCUUCGAAUCCCAAACUUGAUGAUGUGCUUCUCAGGACAAUGAGUGCCUCUACAUCCGAGGCGAAGUCUGCUAUACCGGAAGCUUUGAGUGCAGCGCAAGUUAAUCUUGUUCCGAAUACGGAAACUACUGUUACGGGAGAAGAGGACUCAAAACCACCAGUUCAACAUGAUUUGGUUGACUCGCCGGUAAAACCCGUUUUGGAUGAUCACGGGAAGAUUGCCACUAGUUCCUCGACAGACAGCUCUCAGUUACACAUACCCGCGCAAGGAACGAGUCAUUUAAAGUUUCUGGAGCAACAACGUUCCAAAAAAGCCACCAAACUCGACAAUACUAAAAAUGCAAAGACUAAACCACCAAGAACGCUUUCCCUGAAGGGCCAAAGGCCAUCUACUGUGGAGAAACGUAAGCUGGUGAGGAAUAACACUAUCGAUACUGGAACUGUAACUAAAGAAGUCGCUUCGAAACUGGCGAAAAGUACAGUUAAUGACGUGAUUUCAAGUGAGGGAAAGCGUGAUAUUUCUGGUCGUCAACACUUGGAAAGUUUCAGACAAGUUGGCUCUUCUUCGUCCAACGGGGAAUCCUCUACUGUGAGAGGAGACAUCGCUAGUGAGAAAGCCAAUGUGUCGAAGGAACCAAGUCAAUCUGAUAAACCGUUGUUCCGUAAUGACGAACUUCGCGCCAAAAGAAAUUUUUUGUUCGAUGUGGAGGGAUCUAUCAAUUUUGACAGUUACUGCGAAAAUGGAGAUUUAGAUUUAAGAUGAAAACAGAAUUUCUUUUCAAGACGUGUAUUUUACGCAAAAAGUAUGCCUGUAAGUAAUUUCCAAGAUUGCAUGUGAUGAAAUUUUUUUUAAUAAAAUAACAUGUCGCUAAUUGACAUUAAUUUUCCAA